GUAGGCGACUACCUGGUGGCCUGUGUCGGGUCAAUGCCAGGCUUCUCACCGCACAGCUACAGUGGCCGGCCACGAGCCGCGCACGUCUGGCGUGGCCCAGAUGGCCAGGCUCCUGGGCCUGCCCAGCCCCCACUGCAGCGACGGCGGCGACGGCAACAGCGGCGAUGGCAGCGGCAGCAGCGGCGGCAGCGGCGACAGCAGCGACGGCGUCGGCGGGGGCAGAAACGGAGGUGGCGGCGCAAGGCGGGCGGGAGGUGGAAGGGCAAGAGGCCAGACAGGCCGUCGGCUGUGGCUGCAGGCACGGCUAAAGGAGCAGCCGGCGCUCAAGCGCUGUCAGUGGGGCCAGCGGCGGUGGCGCCUGACUGUCCAUGUGCGGACGCAGAAGGUGCUGGAGCACACGGCGCAGCAGCUGGCUGGUGGAAGGCCCAAGGAGGAGGUCAUUGUUGGCUGGGGCAACGCCAACACUGGCUAUGGCGGUUGCAUCAGCAGGUUGGGGCGGGGCCCAAACCGGGCACUGCUCCGCCUGCUGGUGGACAAGUACGCGCACCUGGUGGUGUACGUGGACGAGUUCUACACAUCGCAGGCAAGAUGAGAGCAGACGGGUUGGAAUGAGUAGACAGGUGGUCGGGUGGACAGGAUGGGGCUCGUGUACGGUACAGGUAGCCGGGUAGCCAGCAAGGUUCACACUGUACUCCUGCCC